CAGUACUUCAUGUACUUGAGCCGUGCUCAUCUGAGACCUAACCUCACAUUAGUCCUUAAUGUGUCAUGUAGUGGCUUCGAUUAUUGUGUUUUACAUUAGGUCUUUGGGAAGCACGAAGUCGUGGCAAUAUGUGAAAAGUUGUAUAAUAUUUUAUUUAGUUAGUUUUUACCCGUUUUUGAUGUGUACUUUAUCAGAUAAAUAAGUCACAAAAGUUUAUACACAGAAUGAAUGGAACAAGGACUCUGAACUUCAACAAAAUAUGCAGACUGUGCUUAAGUGAUCAUAAGACACUUUUGCCCCUCUUUAGUACUGUGGAAAAUGUACAAGAAAAGAUCCACACUAUUUCACCAACAAUAGAGGUGUAUGCUGGAGAUGGCCUGCCAGCCCAGGUAUGCAAGGAAUGUAUCAGUCAGGUCAACACAUCUUACAAAUUCAAGCUGCAGUGUGAGAGGUCAAAUGCUACUCUGCGACAACACUUAAGCAACCAGCAGCCACAUGAUCCACCAGUUCAGGUUGUUCUCAAAGAAGAGCCUUCAUUGUGUGAUGAUGACACAGAGUCAGCUAAUGAAUUGUAUCCAUCAGCUGGCAACAGGAACCAAGAAAAUCCUCUUGGCAGUGAUACAGAGGGUGCGGCUGCUCUUGAAGAUGAUGAUUCAGACUCAAGGGGUGCAAGCUUCAACGAUGGUUCUGUGAGCCCUGAUGAAGAUGUGAUAGAGCCAGACAGUGAAGUCAAUACUUGUUCUUGGCGCAAAACUAAAACAAGUGAUGAAUCAUUAUGUAAGAAGUCAUCACGGGACUUGAAGAAUGCAGGCAUCAGUGUGCCGUGUCCAGACAGGAGAAAUACACCACCACCCAGAACUUCUGUACACAGCUUGGAACAUAAAGACAUCGGUGCUCCAGAUCACUGCAAUAACAAGUCAACGAACUGCACACCAUCACCAGGCACUUCCCUACAGGACAUGAAGCAUGAAGACAUUGUUGGCACAGCACAUCCAUGUAUUAACAAAGGCAGAAGCACUGCAUCUCUGAACUCUUUCCUUGGAGUGGAUGGUGGUGAGGAAAUUGAACAGUACAUAUGUCAUGUAUGCAACAAGGAAUUUAGCAACAAGCAAGAGUUGGAAAAGCAUUUUGUGGUGCACCCAAAGUACAAUUGCUCUGACUGUGGGAGUUCUUUUAAGCACAAAUCAAGCUUAACAAGUCAUACGGCAUUACAUUCCCAGGUUUCGUUCUCAUGUACAGAAUGUGAGAAAAUAUUCCAUUCCAAAUCAAACCUCACCCAGCACCUUGCAUCCCAUUCUGAGGCUAGGCCACACCUCUGUUCUCUCUGUGGUAAAUCUUUCAAAUAUAAAUCAAAUCUUAUCCAACAUACAACUCUACAUGUUAGAGAGAUGCCAGUACAGUGUAAUGUUUGUGACAAGAAGUUUGACUCUAAGACUGACCUCAUGAUUCACAUAAUUUCUCACUUAGAGGAAAUGCCACACCAAUGUCCAGAAUGUGGCAAAUGCUUCAGUUGUCAAUCUCAACUCUCUGAACAUCAGGCUAUUCAUGAAGAAACAAAACAACACUGUUGCUCCAUGUGUGGUAAAUCAUUCAAAACAAAGUACAAUCUCACUACCCACCAAGCACUGCAUACUAAGGAUAGGUCACACCUUUGUACUGUGUGUGGUAAGGGUUUUAAAUAUAAAUCUAACCUGUUAGAGCACAGUGCUUUACAUGCAGACGACAAACCUUUCCUUUGUACUCAGUGUGGUAAAGCCUUUGGUGGCAAAUCCAAGUAUACUAGCCACCUUGCCACACACUCAGAAGACAGGCCCUAUCAGUGCUCUACAUGCGGCAAGUGUUUCAAACAUAAAUCAAAUCUCUGUAAUCAUAAAGCAUUACAUGUGGAGAAUGGACCCCAUCUGUGUAAUGUAUGUGGUAAGUCUUUCAGUUGUAAGUCAAAAUUCACUAGCCACGUUGCUUCGCAUUCCGAAGAAAGGCCACAUCAGUGCCCUGUGUGUGGGAAAAGUUUCAAAUACAAAUCCAAUCUUUGUAACCACAAAGCAUUACAUGUAGAAAAUGGCCCACAUGCGUGUACCUUAUGCAGUAAAUCCUUUGGUACUAAGUCAAAUCUGAUCAAACACACUGCAAUACAUUCUGAAGAGAGACCAUUUCAGUGCUCUGUAUGUGGCAAAGGAUUUAAAUACAUGUCCAAUCUUUGUAAUCACAAAGCUUUACAUAUAGAGAAUGGUCCCCAUCUCUGCACAGUAUGUGGUAAGUCUUUUAGUUGUAAAUCAAAUCUAAUGAAGCAUGUGGCAGUGCAUUCAGAAGAAAGACCAUACCAAUGUCCAAUGUGUGGCAAGGGAUUUAAGUACAUGUCUAAUCUAUGUAAUCACAAAACAUUACACACACAGAAAAGUCCAUAUCUGUGUGCAGUAUGUGGGAAAUCAUUUAGCAGUAAGUCCAAUCUGAUGACUCACUCUGCCUCUCAUUCCGAUGAUAGGCGUCAUCAGUGUUCCAUAUGUGGGAAGUCAUUCAAGUUUAAAUCCAGUCUUACAUCUCACCAAGCUCUCCAUUCACAAGACAAGCCCCACCACUGUAGUGUGUGUGGUAAAGCUUUCAAAUGCAGAAGCACGUUCAUAAACCAUAUGAGAAUGCAUACUGGAGAUCGGCCACACCAGUGCCCUGUCUGCGGCAAGCAGUUCACCACACUGGGCAAUCUUAUUGUGCAUAGGAGAACACACAGUGGAGAAAAACCAUACAGAUGUGAGACAUGCUUGAAAGCAUUUAGUGACAAAGGUAAUCUCACAGCACAUCAAGCUGUUCACUCAGGAGAGAAACCACACAUCUGCCCCACAUGUGCUCAACCUUUUAAGUAUCCUAGCAGUUUGAAACGACAUAUUAGAAAACGUCAUGGAGGUGAAGGGCUACCUCUCCCUAAAGUAAAUGUGUACUAAAAUGUGAGCACUCCAUCACACCUAUUUAAAAUCUGUAUUAGUUGUACUAUCUGUAACAAAUCAAAUGACUGGAUCAAGAAGUGAAUUAAGAAUACUGCCCUAACAGAACAUUUAUUUAUCAUAUUGAUAAAGUACAGAAACAGUGUAGGAAACAUGAAUUGAAUGAAUAUACCUCAUUAUUUAUUGUCAGUGUAUGAUAGAUAUCCAUUAUGUCAGAACUCAUUUGGAACGAGAAAAUGGCCAUAUGCAGUCUGGCAGUGAUAGUUUCUGCUGGCAAUAAUCAGAAGUUACAUUCUAAACCUUUUUUCAGAACAUACAAAAUCAGAUGAUCUUCGCAUAAACUUAUUUCUUAGCCCUAAAUAGGUUUAAAUGAUGGUAAAUGAAAAAUGUGAUCGUCUGUUUUAACGUUAGUUGAAGAAAUGUUUGUGUUAGUUUUAACCUUUCUGUAAAUAAAAUCAGAUAUCUUAAGCAUA